AGAUGGUGAGGAUCGCGAGCAAUGCGAACUAUAAUUGUCCCACUUCCCUCUUCAUCGAACUGUAGAUCUUUUAGAUUUUUUCUUUUUUCCUCUUCUGUUUCUUUUCGCCCCUUCUCCUACCAUUCAGUCUCCGCUUCUCAGCUAAUCCAACAGCAACGCCCAACCAUCUGAAGAUUUCAUCCCUUUCUGCUUCCUUCUGCAGUGUUUAUUUCUUGUUCACGGACCCAAUCGCAUCGCCCUUGCAGUCACAUUGCAUUUGUUGUAAUUCGCGGGGGAAAAGUUCUGUUCUGUGUGCCAGUUAUGGAACCACGAGUUGGGAACAAGUUUCGCCUGGGUCGUAAGAUUGGGAGCGGCUCCUUCGGGGAGAUUUAUUUAGGUAUUAAUGCUCAAACGAAUGAAGAAGUAGCCAUCAAGCUGGAAAAUGUCAAGACAAAGCAUCCACAGUUGCAAUACGAAUCAAAACUUUACAGAAUCUUGCAAGGAGGAACUGGCAUUCCCAAUGUGCGAUGGUUUGGCAUAGAAGGAGAGUAUAAUGUUCUUGUUAUGGAUUUAUUGGGCCCAAGCCUCGAAGAUUUGUUCAAUUUUUGCAGUCGAAAACUCUCUAUGAAGUCUGUCCUGAUGCUAGCUGAUCAGAUGAUCAACCGUGUGGAAUAUCUUCACUCUAAAUCUUUCCUGCAUCGAGAUAUCAAGCCAGAUAACUUUUUGAUGGGCUUGGGGAGGCGAGCAAAUCAGGUCUACAUUAUUGAUUUUGGAUUGGCCAAGAAGUACAGGGACACCACAACUCAUCAGCACAUUCCUUACAGGGAGAACAAGAAUUUGACUGGAACAGCAAGAUAUGCUAGCAUAAACACUCACCUUGGAGUUGAACAAAGCAGGAGGGAUGAUUUGGAAUCUCUUGGAUAUAUUUUCAUGUAUUUCUUGAGAGGAAGCCUCCCAUGGCAGGGAUUAAAAGCUGGAAAUAAGAAGCAAAAGUAUGAAAGAAUUAGUGAUAGAAAAGUUUCCACAUCUAUUGAGGCUUUAUGCCGUGGUUAUCCAUCGGAGUUUGCAUCAUACUUCCACUAUUGUCGUUCACUACGUUUUGACGAUAAACCUGAUUAUGCUUAUCUUAAGAGGAUCUUUCGUGAACUCUUCAUCCGUGAAGGUUUUCAAUUUGACUAUGUGUUUGAUUGGACCAUUAUGAAAUAUCAGCGGACACAAAUUGCAGGUGUUCCUCCACAAGCUAUCGCUUCUGGAGAUGAACCUAGGUCGGUGAUGGCUCCUGCCACUGCUAUUGUUGAUAGGAAGUCUGGUGUCGAAGGAGCAAAGACAGAUGGCUGGAGAGGGGAUAACUCUCAUUUGCAAUUUUCUAUGCCAGUUGCAAAUGCUGGUAACAUAUCCACUGAGAAGAGUCCAGCAGUAAAUGAUCCAGCUGUUCCUAGAGAAACUACACCAUCGAGUUCAACAUUUGUGGGGCGUUCAGGUGGCUCUUCGAGCCGAGCCAUUGCUUCUAGCAAUCGCAAUGUAAUGCAGAGCAGCGAGUCAAAUAUGUCAUACACUCGCACAAAAGAAGCAACUGCAUUUUUUACUAAAAUUUCAGCACACAGAGACUCCCAAGCUAUAUUAAUGGAUAACAAAUAUUCAUCAUCUAGCAGGCAUCAACCUAUGGACUACGAGUCUACACUCAGAGAACUUCAUGACCUUAACCUCGAUAACGAUGGAAAGCUUGGGUAUUAGCAUUUCACUUAGAGUUGCUAUCGGCUGACUUAAUUCAUUGUAAAUAGGAAACCUAAACUAUGAUAAUGUUAAGCAAUGUAUUGCUUUGUACUGCCCAUUAGGAAGUCUAUUCUUGUUUGCAUGGCUGAACUGCUGCUAGAUUCAGAGAAAUCACCUGUUUCUGAUUCAAUUAAGGGAUACAGGGUUUGGAACAGCCUAGUUUUUUUAUAUCAAAGCCUAAGGGCAAUGGAGUGUAGCUCUUAAUAUUGAUUACGAUUUGUGUCUGAUUGUGUGCGGGUGUAUAUUUGUGAGCAAAAUCUGGAGAUGAUAUGACGUUGUGAUAGCCAAACUACCCUUUUCCAAUU